AUGUCCAUUCAUUACAUCCUCAUACUAAAUCGCCAGGGCAAGACGAGACUUGCCAAAUGGUUCGAUAAUUCUUUCACGGAAGCACACAAGCACGAGGUCAUUGGCGAGGUGCACCGGCUCAUAUCUUCUCGAGAUCUGAAGUACCAGUCUAACUUCGUGGAGUUCAACCACCACAAACUCGUCUACAGACGUUAUGCUGGGCUCUACUUUGUAAUGCUGAUUGAUUUCGUGGACAACGAGUUGAGUUACUUGGAAUCCGUGCAUUUUUUUGUGGAGAUUCUUGAUACUUACUUCGACAAUGUAUGUGAGCUUGAUUUGGUGUUCAACUUCUACAAGCUUUAUACGGUGCUAGACGAAGUGUACCUAGGUGGAGAACUCCAGGAGAUUCUGAAGGUUCGGGUGUUGAACCGGUUACAAUAUCUUGAUUCGCUUGCCAGUUGA